UGCGGGUACGGCUGCACGAGUUCAUGUCUGUCAUUCACACAUGCAAAUUGUGAUGCCUGCUGCUUGCGACAGCUUUGCCCCUGUUCUUCUUCUACUCCGGCAAGAUGGAUUCAAACUUGGUUCUGAAAAGCACACCACAGAGGUCACCGUGAAGAAGUCUGGAAGCCUGCUUAUAAAUUCUGGGAUACAAGGAUACUCCCUGCUAAAGACAACUCAGUCUGGAUUUGAAGGAUUCAUGAGGGAUCGCUACACUCUUCUUCCUGAAACAAGAGAAAGAAUUGUAGCUACAGAAGUAACUGCUUGGUGGAGCAGAUGAGAGUCUGGAAUGUUCCAUCCAAAUAGUUUAAUCAGAAACUGCACUGGCAAAGGUCUAGAGGAUGUAGAGGAGCUCCAGUUUGAUCCUAAGGAUGGCAUUGCUUUUUUUCUUCUUAUGCUCCAGUUUGCAGCAGCAUCUCCGACACCCUCUCGACGAAUUGCAGGUAGAUUGUAGCUGAGGAUGCGGCGAUGACCACCAAGGUAUGCCCUUCUCUCCUUGCCCUUCAUGCUGGCUUCAACAAGGCCGAAAGAUCUUCAGUCUUUUACAAGGUCAACCCCGCCUUCCUUGCAAUCAAUCUGCUGGCGACAGUAGAAAUUAACAGUCCUUUGUAUGUGUUUCUACAUGGUGGAUAUACGUGCAGGACCGGAGUGCAUGCUCGGUGGCAGAAGCAUCAGGGUGCUCCACGCUCAACAUCUUCUCAGCAUAGCUGCUCGAUCAGUAGUUUUGAUUGAUCUAUUUGAUAAUUUAAGCCAUCCAGUUGAUGUUCUUGGUUCGCUCAUGCUCUUUUCUUAUGUUGUUGUUUAAUCACUAUUGGCUUGGAUAUUCUCUAUAGCAUCUCAACAAUUCACUGCAAUUGGCCAGGUUAUUCUGUA